CUUACUUAAGCCUUGUGUUUUCAUAGACCUCCUGUGUGGAGCAUGAACAAGAUUGACCAAGGUGACUCCAUUUUGAGACUCCAUUUUGAACUCUGGCUAAGCCAAGAGACAUCAGUGAAAGACUUGUCCAUCAGUCACACAGAGCCAGGACCGUGUUCCAAGAAACAGCUUGAAGGUGAGAGACACCAAACACAAGAGAGAGAGAGAGAAACGAAUCUGACAUUGCAGAAAGACAGCACCACGUGCAGUUGCCUUGUUAGGAGAGAACGUCUCCCAGAUACGUGCGUCGGGCGCCCAGGACACCUCCCUUCAAGCGGCUCCGGUGACACGGGGGAGGGCGACGCCUCUUUCCUCCCAGAUGGAGGCAUGAGGCGGGGGCUCUCCCCUCAGCCUCCCUUCACACCUGAGGGUAGGUGCGGGCUCCUUGUCACCGCCAGGCGGACGUGGCAAUCCCAGCGGGCCACCAGCUAUGCACUAUGACUACCUGGCCCGGGGCGGGGAGGGGCCCUCAUUCCUAGUCCUCCUGUGAUUCCGCGGCACUGGGGGCGGAGCUGCUUCGUGCUGAGCCGUGGCCGAAGUCCUGUUCCUCCUCCGGGCCUCCUCUGACACCGAGGCCGUGAGGAAGAGGAGGAGGAGGGCCUCGUUCCUGCAUCGGGUGCUGGUGCGUGCCAGGCUCCCCGUGUGGUGGGGAGGAAGGGUCCAGCUGCAACUCUGCCCUCGCUGGAGCCACUUCCGCCGAGUCUGGGGAGGGGUCUCGGGUUCCUUGAUGCACUCCCCUGGGUGAGAACCCAGGCUCCGCGCCUCAGCCUUUGCUGACAGGGGCGGCGGCGAUGAGGCCCCCAAUUUUUCCGUGGUGUUUGGCUGGGGCGGGGCAGUUGCUGACUGCGCGUUCUGACUUUCCCGGGUGCCUUUUUCUUUCUGGAAAAGCAGAGAGUGCCUGGAACUUUUUUCCUACAGUUGUCAGCUUCCCCUAUAUCCAGUCUAGGAUGUAGGAAGCAAAGAACACUCACCACCAUCCCAUUCCUUGGGUCCCAGGAGCCCCGACCAGUCUGUCUUCCCUCCACCUUCAGAGUCUUCGUGUGUUUCUUUUUUUUAUUACUAUAUACCGCAGUUUGAAUUAUGCUUAGAAGAAAUGGAGGACCUGCAGCUGGCCCUCUGCACUCUGUUCUGCAGGUUCUCAGCCCCAUCUGACCUUGGAUGGAAAUGGUAGCCAGGUCUGCAGGGGCCGCGUCCGUCCUGAACCUGUGCAUCUUUUUUUCUUCUCUUUAUUCCCUAAGCGAUAGCUAUUCGGCCGGCGCUCAGCGUGUACCACUGCGCUCAGCAGGAUAAGCAGUCUGGAGACGCUUUAAAGCGUGCAGGAGGAUAUGCAUGGGUUGUAGGCAAAUACUAUGACAUUUUAAAGAAGGGGAUUAGCGUCUGCGAAUACUGGUUUCGGCGAGGGGUGCCGAGCUCGAAUCCUCCACGGAUCCUGCCGGCCGCAGGUGCACCCCCUCCAUCUUCCCAGACGCCACCGCGCGGUGAAGUAGUUCCUCGCUGCGCUUCUGUCCCUACGGUCACGCCUCUGAGCGCAGUGUGACAUCCGAGGGGAGACUUCUCAGAAGUUUUCUCGUCAUCUGUGGGAUUUGCAUGGCUGUGACCCGAGACCUGCACUGAGCAGGCCUGAUGUGUGCUGAGGUUUCAGUCCCAAGAUCGCGCCGCCAACAGCAUUCGCACACCCCGUGUCCUUCCCCCGCGGUAACUCUGCUCUCCCUUCAGCCCUCGGGGGACGUCAGGGGCCCCGGGCCCCACCAAUCACGCCUCUGACAGGAGGGAGUGGGGACGACAGGAACACGUGACGUCACUCAACUGCAGACCCACGGGCGCUUCAAAAAGUUCAUGGAGAAUGGAGUUAAAAAUAACUUUAUUUUGGUGUGAAGCAAUUUUGAAAUCUAAGCACACAUGGAGUCUUCAAGAACGUCAUGAAAAGGGCAUUUUAUGAAAAAACUAUGCUUGGGGUUUUUUUUACACCAAAAGAAACUUACCUUUUUAUUUUGUGGUCCCCCCCCCCCAGAAAUACUUGGAGGGACCCUCAUACUUGCAAGCCGACCUGUGUUGUUUGUGGCGGAUUGGCGGCUCUGAUCAGCUUGCUGGAGUCACUCACAUUUCCUGAGACAUGAGUGCAGGGGAGAAGCCAGCUCUGAAAAUACUCCGAUGGGGAAAACGCACCCACAGGAAUGCUGCUCGGCUCCCCAAAGAGGGAAGACACAAGGAAACAGAUCUUUCAUCAGUAGCCCCAGAGAGAGCUGCACGAUACCCAGUGACUGGCAUGCAGGUGCCCGGCCGUCUGGUGCCGCUCAAGGUGUGAGAGCUGGCCGAGAAGUGUAGAAAACCCACAGAAGGGUGCCCUCGGCUGGCAGCGCCAUGCAGCCCCGCAGCCCCUGGCUCGUGCUCUUGGUGUGUGUGGCUUCCUGCAACCCCACUGACUGGCGGUUUGAGCACCCAAAAACCCUCUACGCCUGGGAAGGAGCCUGUGUCUGGAUCCCCUGCUCCUACACCAUCCCAAAAUUCAACUCGGAGCUGGGGAACUUCACCCUCUACCACAACCCCGAGUAUGACAACGUCACCAAGAGCUACAGGGGGACGGUCCUGUAUAACCACACGCAGACGGAGGAGCUGCAGGUUCGCCAGGGAAGGGUACAUUUCCUGGGAGACAAACGGAGAAACUGCACCGUGAGCAUCCGACCGGUGUCUGUGACAGACAGCGGGCAGCUGGGGUUCAGGAUGACGUCCGGCACCGACAAGUGGAUGGAGAAGAUGAGCCUCAAUGUGUCUGAAAAGCCCCUUUCACCUCACAUCCAGCCCCCUCCAGAACUCCGCGAGUCCCACCAAGUCACUCUGACCUGCUCGCUGAAUUUCUCCUGCCCCGAGGACCCGAUGGAACUGCGGUGGUCCCUGGAGGGCACUGUGACCUCCUCCACCAUCCUCUCCACCGCGUCGGUCCUCACCCAGAGCUGGCUCACAUUUGAGCCGCAGUGGACUCACCACGGGCAGAACCUCUCCUGCCAGCUCUGGAACUCCACGGCGAGACAGGCGCUCUCUGAGAAGACGGUGCAGCUGGACGUGAAGCACGUCCCGAAGUUGGAGAUCAUCGAGGUCAGUCCCAGUGGAGCCUCUGUCCUGGAGGGGGCAUCUGUGAGCAUGGUGUGCCAGGUCACCAGCAGCAACCCAGAACACCAGGGUAUAUCCUGGCUCAAGGAUGGGGUUCCGCUGAGUGUGGCUCCCAGGCUGGCUCUGCCCAAGGUGACCAAGGAGAUGAGUGGCAAGUACUGCUGCCAGGCCUCCAAUGAGCUGGGCCGAGGAAGGUCGGAAGAAGUGACCCUCACUGUGUUGUAUGCACCGGAACCUUCCAGGGUUCAGAUCCGCCCUUUGCCAGCUAGGGAGGGAAGACCAGUAGAGUUGAGUUGUAUCUCACGGGCCAAUCCUCCUCCCACCAAUUACACCUGGUUUCACAAUGAGAGAGAGCUGCUGGGAAGCACAGAAGAGAAACUGCAGAUCCCAAGCGCCCUCCUCUCGCACGCUGGGAAGUAUUCCUGCGUGGCAGAGAACAGCCUGGGGCCGGGGCAGGCUGGCCCGGGUGCUGAGCUGGACGUCCAGUAUCCGCCCAAGGAAGUGACCACAGUGAUUCAAAACCCCACACCCAUCCGCGAAGGAGACAGCGUGACUCUCUCCUGCAUCUACAACUCCAGCAACCCCAGCGUUUUCCGUUACGAGUGGAAGCCCUUGGGUUCCUGGAAGGAGCCAUCGCCUGGGGUACUGAACAUUCACAAUGUGGCCUGGAACGCUGAGCCCGUCGCCUGUGCUGCCUGUAACACCUGGUGCUCCUGGGCUCCUUCGGUCAACCUGGAUGUCCAGUAUGCCCCCAGAGGUGUGAAGAUCUCGCCGUCGGUGCAGUCCGAGGUUCCCGCUGGCAGCCGCUUCACCCUCCGAUGCGACUUCUCCGGAAGCCGCCCUACAGGAGUGCACUUCUCUUGGAGGAAAAACGGGAGCCCUCUGCAGGCAGGGCAAGAGCUGAGCUUCGAUUCCAUCACCCCCGAAGACGCCGGCAACUACAGCUGCUCGGUCAACAACUCUGUCGGCCGGCGUUCGUCAGAGCCCUGGACGCUGCGAGUGCUGUAUGCGCCACGCAGGCUGCAGGUGUCCAUGGUCCCAGGGGACACGGUGAUGGAGGGCAGCAAGGUGGCCUUGACCUGUGAGAGCGACGCCAACCCUCCCGUGUCCCAGUACGCUUGGUUUGACUGGAACAACCAAAACCUGCAGCACUGGGACAAGACGCUGACACUGGAGCCCACCACGGUGGAACACUCAGGCGCCUACCGCUGCCGGGGAAGCAACCGGCUGGGCAUGGGCGAGUCACCCCCCAGCACCCUCACCGUCUACUAUAGUCCAGAGACCAUCGGCAGGCGCGCGGCCGUGGGAAUCGGGUCCUGCCUAGCUCUCCUCGUCCUGGCCAUCUGGGUGGUCAAACUCCGACAAAACUGGAAGAGGAUUCGGAGCCAGCAGGGGCUUCAGGAAAAUUUCAGCGGUCAGAGCUUCUUUGUCAGGAAUCCAAAGGUCAGAAGAGCCCCCCUCUCCAAUGGCCCCCACUCCCUGGGGUGCUACAACCCGGUGAUGGAGCACAGCAUUAGCUACGCCACCUUGCGCUUCCCCGAGAUGGACACGCCGAGCACAGGAGACGCAGGGACAGCAGAGGUGCAGAGGCCGCCCCUAAGCAGCGAGGACACAGUCACGUAUUCGGUGGUGCAGAAGCGCCGAGUGGCUGACUACGAGAACGUGACUCCGGAUUUUCCAGAAGACGAGGGGAUCCAUUACUCGGAGCUGGUUCAGUUUGGGACUGGGGUGCGACCGCAGGCCCAGGAAGAAGUGGAAUACGUGACCCUCAAGCAAUGACACUGGACCAGUGGUAGUGGAGGCGCCCGGGGUGGCAGCUGCCGUGGACGUCCCAGAGCUCCGCCCCCCACUGUGGACACUCAGCUGCUAAGUCACAUGGCCUCCUCCCAACACACACAUGCACACAUGCUAGUGCACAUACAUGCAUGCACACAUGUUCGUGCACACAGAACACACAUUAUCAUGCACACACGCUGGUGCAUGUACAUGCAUUCAUGUGCUCACACACACAUUCUCAUGCACACACAAUGCUCACACAUAUACACACGCUAGUGCUUAGACACACAUGCUGGUACACAGACAUGCGUACACACGUGCACACACACACACACAGUCACUGCAGGGAGCAUUGUGCCUGGCCAGAGCUGGUUUUCCUUCCCAGCACAGCUAACCCAGGCCCUCACCUGCUCCUUUCCCACUCUCCUUCCCACCCAGAAGCUCACCUGGGUUGUCCAACUGCACUGCCACCUGCCACCGUCCGUCACCUCCCCUCGUCUCUCCCCAGACGGCUGUGUCCCUGCUGGGCUCAGCUUGUCACUGGGUUUCCUGUCCCCCUCCCCUGCUCCCGACUCUGACGUCCCCACUCACUAGUAUCACGCCCAACUUUUGCCUCUGGGCUUUGGGCCUGGGAGAGGACUGAAUGAGUGCAAAGAGGCCCCGCUCGAGCUGGCUUCUCUCGACGCCUGUCUGCGAGCAGGCUGGGCGCUCCGGGCAGAGGAGAGGACCCGCAGCCGCCGCCGCCGUGUGCAGGGCUCUGGCGUCUGAGCGGCCACACUGGUGUGAGCGCGCCUGGGACGGACAGACAGCUGUUCAAUAAAACCAGCGCAGACCCCACUUCCAAGAAGCUGGGAGCUCUUUCUAGUCUGCGGUGUCAGAGCGCGGAGCAGGGGCGGGGAAGGCACUGCAGGGCUCAGGGAGAAGGAAAGGGAGUCGGCAGGAUGCAGGGGCCGGCGCUGUGGUGCUGCCGUUUAACCUGCCACUUGCGGUGCCUGCAUUCCACACCGAGUCCCGGCUUCCCUCCAAUGAGCACCCUGGAAGGGAGCAGAUGAUGGCUCAAGGACACAGUCCCUAUCACCCACAGGGGAGACCCAGAUAGAAUUUCUGGCUUCUGGCUCCAGCCUGGCCCAGCCCUGGGUGUGUGGGCAUUUAUUGAACCUGCAGACGGGAGAUCUGUUGUUUUUUUUUUUUUUCUCUCUCUCUCUCUCUGCCUUUCAAAUAAAUAAAAUAAACAUUUUUAAAAAGUCAGCAGACCGGGAGCCGCGCUGUGUCAUAGCAAGUAAAGCUGCCGCCUGC